AUGGAUGUUUCCUCUAUAUGUUCUUUUCCGUCCUUUGGUAACGAAGCGAUUCAUUCCAGCGCGUCAUUUACAAGAACUGAUGCGUUGACAAGAACUUUUUCUUCAGAUUCGGACAAUAGCAAGAGUGUUCUACCUCCAAUAUCUUCUAUCUUAUGUCCUUUAUCACAAUCCGUCCCUGUGAAAACAUCCUUGGGCCAUCAUGAUGACUCUUCAAUGACUAUGCCUCCUUCUUAUUUACAAUCUUCUACCUCUAAACACCAUCCGAUGAAUUCUGAACCUCGACUUGAGCACCGUACGAGUCCUAUUAACUCUCCUUCCGUCAUGAAUAAUGUGUCGGCUUCUCUUGAUAAUUUAUCACGAGGGCAACCUUCACAGCAACAACAUGCUCAUUGUUUAAGGACUUCACAUUCAACUUCACCAAGUCCAAGUUUGAAAGAACAAAAUUCACCAGUCGUUCAUUCAUUAUUAAAUGUUCGUUCUGGUGAAUCCUCUUCAUCCCCAUCUCAACAGAUUUCCGCUCAAUCAAAAUCCGAAACUGUUGAUCAUUUACAAGUAGCAUGUAUGCAUCCACCCUCGCUUCCUCCAAAUAAUGGACUCGUUCAUUCUAACGUUCAGCAUUCACGACAUCGUAAUUCAUCAACAUGGGAGAAUCGACAAACAUCUCUCAUGGUUAAUGGUUACCGAUCAUCUCAAAUUCCACUAAGACCACAACCAUCUCCAAAUCCGACAAAUGUAGUAAGUUUACCUGCCAAUGAUGAAUUGAAGCAAAGUCCUGUUCAAAAACCAUCAAUUCAAUAUGGUACUAGUAGUUUUCCAUCAGAGUAUCACCAUUAUCGCGCCUCUUUUGAAAAGGAUGUAUAUCAAUCGGUUUCUUUAAACAGUGAAAAAACUUCAGUUGAUUUGAAAAAGAUAAUUGACCAUUGCUCGCUAAUCGGACAAUUUGCAGCUCAGUACAGCGAUAUGCGCAGUCAAUCGGGAAGUAGGUCUUUAAAUUGGCCUUCAACAAUUCCUAAUGAACCUAAUAGUAUUCCUACGGAAGCUCAUGUUACAGAAAUGAUUAAUAAAGCUUUUGAAGUACUUUAUGUGUUAAAUGCUUUAAAAGAUGAAACUGUAAAUCGUCGUGGACCGAAAAGACCUGCUCCUCCAGGAAGAUGUCAUUCUUGCAACAUACAGGAAACUCCUGAAUGGCGUCGCGGACCUGAUGGUGCGAGAACCUUGUGUAAUGCUUGCGGACUGCCUCAAACAGCCUUGCAAGAACAACAGCAACGCGCUUUACAUGCUCUUCAUACACACCCCUACGCACCGCAACAUAUGUUAGCAUAUUCUUCCAAAAUUACGCCAUUUCCCGGAUUUCCGUCACAUCUGAUGACUCAUGGACAAUUAUUAACAUCGACCACUCAUAUUACUACUGAAAAAUGA